AUGCAGUCUUUUCCUACGGGACGUGUCUUUUUCCAUUUUGCAAUGGUCUCGUCGACACGCAUUCGGGAAAAUUCAAGCCGAGAGUCGUCCAUGGGAAACUUUGUUGUUUGGAUCACUGCGUACGAUCUCGGGGAGUGUGAGGCCGAACCAUCCGGGACCGGACCCCUCCUCUCACUCAUUGUGCGCCUUUGUGCGAAAACGUCACGUCGGACCUUCCGAGUUUUCGGAGCGGCGAUCAAGGUUCGGGAUUCGGACUCCUUCGGCCACGUUUCUCGAGUCACCCGUCUAAUUGUUCCAAGCGGAAGCAACUUUGGUGAACCUGUCGGAACGGGGACACCGUCAUCCAGUCGAGGAAUAUCGUUGUGCGAAAUGAUCGCACCCGGACUUGCUUGGGUCUGCGCCUUGGCGGCUUCCUCCUUGGUGGUGCAGUACGUAGUCAAGCCCCGACUGCCCGUGUAUACGAUUGCCGUCCGUGGAUUGCCGUUACCCCAGUGGAUACAGGGGCAACUACAAACCCGGCUCACUACGCAGAUUUCGUUGCACAACGACAAUUUUGUACAAAUUGACGUGUACGCACUCUCCUUCGACCUGUUUUACAUGGACUGGGAUGGACAGCUUGCGCACAUUGGAAACGUACGAGACCAAAAUCAGGUAGUCAUGCGGUCAAACGCAACCAAGACAUUGUCCGAGCCGGUAUGGAGAAUACUUCCCCGACACGAUUUUAGUAUUACGGAUUACUUGUAUUCCACUGUCCAUCCGUGGCCGAUCGUCAAGACCUUGUCGCGGCUGCUCUGGAGUGUCUGGCAAGGUAGUGGAUCCCUGCUCUUGCCCACCACGGGGGUCGCUCAUAUCAAGGCUUCCAAAGCGGCUCCCGUCACGGUCACGAUCGUUUGUGACAAUCGUGUCGACGUUUUUUCCCUACACGUGUAUGGUCUGGAUUGCGUACUCAAGGAUCUCAAGCCGGGAUGGACCAAUUUGACUCUGACCGCCGCAACGUUACGAUCGUACGCCUUGAAAUCGCUGCAGGGAAACGCCCCGGGCGGAGUCUUACCACAUCCGCAAAGACUGUCCUGGAAUCAAAUCGUCAAUCGCGUCGCCGUGGAAGAGAUACUGCAGCAUCCCUAG